ACUGUGACGAAGCCCAGAAAGGAAGCAAGCGAGCAAAGGACAGAGCAGCAACAACUCUCUCUCUCUCUCUCUCUCUCUCUCUCCGGUUUCACUACCACUUGAGAAAAAAAAUCCCAGCUUCCCAGCUCGGCACGAGCGCGAGACGACCUGACCUUGAGACCUCUCUCCCUCCUCCGUCUCCAUCCUGCUCGAUUGAUUCCUCCCCACCUCGCCGCCACCCGACCCCCGAAAUCGCGGUGAGAUCGAGCACCGGGCGUACGUGGGCGCGAGAGGGACGGGGAUGAAGUCCCAUGGCAGCCGUGACAAGCUGCAGGCGGCAGCGGCGUCGGGCCACCGCCGCGUCCUGCUCCUCGUUUUCGCGUCCUGCUUCGCGCUAGCCACGUUCCUCACCUUCGUCUACAACACAUCCCACUUCGCCUCCGCGUCGGGGGCCUCCUCCGGGUCGGGGGCUGCGGGCGCGGCGGCGGCGGCCUUCUCCUCCUCCUCCGGUGGCGCCAGCUCCGGCUCCACGCUGCCGCUCCCGGUGUUCGACGCGCUCGUCCACUUCGCCUCCAUCUCCAACGCCACCCACCGCAUGUCCGACACCGACAUCCGCGCCAUCUCCGCCGUGCUGCGCGCCCGGGGCCCCUCCAACCUCCUCGUGUUCGGCCUUGGCGCCGAGUCCCCGCUCUGGCUGGCGCUCAACCACGGCGGCCGCACCGUCUUCCUCGAGGAGAACGAGUUCUACGUCAAGUACCUCGAGCCGCGCCACCCGGGGCUCGAGGCCUACGACGUCUCCUACACCACCAAGGUCCGCGACUUCCGCGACCUCCUCGAAGCGGCGCGGGCCUCGCGCGCCGCCGAGUGCCGCCCCAUCCAGAACCUCCUCUUCUCCGAGUGCCGCCUCGCCAUCAACGACCUGCCCAACGACCUCUACGACGUCGCCUGGGACAUCAUCCUCGUCGACGGCCCGUCCGGCUGGAACCCGACCUCGCCGGGACGGAUGCCGUCCAUCUUCACCACCGCCGUUCUCGCGCGCACGGGCGCCACGGCCGCCAAGGGACCCACCGACGUGCUGGUGCACGACUUCCAGUUCGAGGUGGAGCAAAUCCUCAGCAAGGAGUUCCUUUGCGACGAGAACCGCGUCGCCGGCAGCGGCACGCCGUCGCUCGGCCACUUCGUGAUCCGCCCGGACGGCCGGCGCGAUGCCUUCUGCUCCGGCCAAGACAGCACGGCGGCGACAUCGUCGGAGAAGACGGCGGGCAAGUAAACCUCGUCAAAAAUUGGCGUCAAAAAUUUACUCUCCCCUCUGCUAAUUUUUUUCUCUCCUCUCCUCUCCUCUCACUUGUUAAUUAUUUUCUGUUACAUAUAUAUUUACUUUUUUGUGGUACAAUAAUUUGUAACACAGUGUAAAAAAAAGAAAUCGCGAUGAUAUCGUUGCCUCGAUAGAGAAAUGCAAAUAUAGGUUUU